CACGCCGGCCCUCGCCAUGUACUUGUCAGUCGACGAACUUGAGUGUGACUACGCCGGUCAACCAUCUGCCAUACCUCGUCGCAAGUGAACUGCAGUGUACACACAUACACACAAUGAGCAAAGCUGUGAAGCUAGAGCUUUAGGUUGGCGCAGCUCGCACCACGACUCGUUGUUCUGUCCGCUCGCUCUGUCAGUAAUUCUACAAAACCCCCAACGCGCUAUAAGGUCAAAAUCUUAGGAAUGGAUCUCACAAUGUCCUGUCCCCGGUCGGUGCCCAUGACGGUGUUGGUGUCAAGCUCUGCCGGCUGCCUCAACAACGACUGCGGCCUGCACGGCCUGCCCUCUGUCACGGACAAUAACAACGAGACGUACCUCGCCACCGCGGCCACCACAGCGGCGACUGAGGUGGUCAUCGGCUUCGGCUCGUGGCAGCGGGAUAUCGUGCAGGCAGUGCUGAUGGCGCCGCCGGGCACAGGCCAGGAGGCGUGGCUGCAGGGCGUGAGCAUUACGCUGCAGAGCGGCACGGGUGUGGACUUGGCGAGCUGCGGCGCGGGAGUCUCCGCCGCGGCGCCACGCGACCGCAUCACGCUGCACUGCCAGCGCAUCACGGGAUCGGUGGACCGGGUGGUGGUGCGCAGACCUGCAAGCGCGGCGCCAGUGCCGUUGGCGUUCUCAGGUCUUGACCUGUACGCGGAUGAUUGCCCGGGCGUGCUAUCUGGCCAACUGUCGGCGUCGCCAGCGGCUAUCACAUGGUUGCCAGCCGCGUCUAGGUUCUCAAAUGGCUACCGCUCCGGCUCUGCCUCCGGCUAUGGGCUGGCGUAUGCCGCGGACUCCACCUGCGGCGCGAACUCCACCUCAUCAGAACUGGGCGCGCCGGGCAUCAGCGGUCCCACCCUGACCGUGAAGCUGUCUCAGGCCUUCAGCGGCGUGCUGGUAGUGACCUCGCAGCACACGGCAGCGCACCAGAACGACGACGUGUGGGUGUCACGAACCACGACCUACAUGGACGGCAUGCGAUGCGCGCGAGGUCCGGCAGUAGCGGCCGGCGCCACCCGCGUGUUGUACUGUCCAGCCAUGCGCGGCAUAGCGUACGUGACCAUUGUGCGGGCGCCACAGCAGGUGGUGGGCAGUGGCUAUCUGGACAUGUGCGAGCUGGCGCUGACGGGACACCGCGCGCUGGACACCGGCAUACCGCAGGUGCCCGAGGUUGCGCACUUUGAUGCGGCGUAUGGGCUGGUGAAGGACUCCUACACGGGCACAUUAAUUGCGUGGCGUGACGUGGAUUCCGCGUCCCGGCCCCGCAACAUCCUCAACUUCACCGGCGGCUGUACCGAAUGGGCCAGCGGUCCGGGGAGCACCACGUAUGGCGUCAACUUCGACGGCAGCUGCAUGGGCAGGAACUACUACGACCUGCCAUACACGUGGAACAGGAACAUGACCGCGCAGUUCACUGUGGUGACCGUUGCCCGGUUUGGCGUCGACCCAAGCACCGUGCCGCAGUACCUGCUGAGUCUGAGCCGUUCGCCUGCCUCGUCCGAUACAUCCAUGUUCUGGGCGAGCAACGAGUUCGGCAUAACGGACAUCACUACCCCGGGCAGCGGCGCAGACACGUAUACCCCCAUCGGGCACAUGCCUUUGGGUAGCUGGACGAUGGAGGCGGUGACACGGCACUGGAACGGCAUUAACACCGUCUACUUCCACAAGAGCGAGGUCACGGAUGGGUUCUCCACUGACAUCUCAGCCGGCACGAAUGCCAUCGGCCCCGACAACCUGGUGGUGGGUGCCGACUACGCCACCGGCAGCAAGUACCUGACCAACGGUCAAAUAGCGGUGGUGCUCAUUUACAAUCGCAUGCUGAAUCCUACAGAGCUUAAUCAGCUCAUUGACUACUACCGACCUCGUUUUGGGCUGUCAGGCCCGCCCGACACUCCGAGGCUAAAUGGCAUGGCCGCCCAGGGCGGCGCGUGGGGCAGUGUGAACUUGCCAAGACCUGGCCUUUACUUUAGCUGGUUCGGUGAAGCGUAUGUGACCUACCGAGUCAGGUGGCUGUAUGCCGACGGCACGCGCGGCACCACCAUCGGCAACAUGGCCAUCACUGACGGCACUUACGCCUGCCCCACAAUGGACUUUGAGUUCACAAUGCCCAUGAGCUGGCAGAUCACCACCGACCGCAUCAUGCUGGUGCAGCGGUACGGCUACCAGGCCGACCAGGCCGGCAACCUCCCGCCUGGCUAUCCCGCAGUCGCGAGCUACUGGAUGGACCUGUGGCGCAUCCCAUGGACGCACACGUCCUUCUGGAUCCUAGGAUGGGCCAACGCCGACCGGGCCAUUGGGUUCACGGACUGCUUGGUCAACGGACCAGUGCCGCCCACUGUCGCCGGGUGGCGCUGGAGCGGUGGCUUAGUCGGCAGCCCAAAUCUGUACGACGCCACCUCUAUGCCCCGCCUGACCGCCACCGGCACGACCGCCUUUAUUUCCUUCUUCCACCUGGUGGAGGAGGCCGGCCUCGUCAGCCGCUACUUCCCCAGCGUGCUGCGCCUCAUAGGCGUCACGAACAGCCAGCCAGCCAUCUACGUGCAGUUGACGGCGCCCUGGCCCACGGACCGCACGCUGGUGCUGCAGCGCUCGGAUGACGGCACGGAUGUGUACGACGUGGACUACAUCCCGGCAGAGUCGGCGGCUGGGCGGACCUGGUUCGUGCUCCGCGGCUGGAACGCGCCGGGCCGCAACGUCACGCAGCUGACGCCCAUGCCACCGCAGUCGUGCGAGAGUGUGGCCCCGCUGGAUCCCGGCUCCGGCUACUCGGAUAGUAGCGGCUGCUACCAAGCAAACUGCGUCAUUUGGGGAGCUACAAGCUUUGCCAGCAAGUUGAGCGACAACAACAUAGCAACGGGCGUCAUAUCCAGCUCUGUCGGCACCACCGUGACCCUGCGCUUCAAUCUCGCAAGCGGGCAACUGAACGUGACGAGGGUCAUCAUUACCCCCAUGGCGCCUCCCGCCUCACUCACGGAUGCAACCUGGUUCCAGGGCAUCCAGGUCACUCUUCUCGACGGCGCGGCCGCCGUCGUGUCCACCUGCAGCAACGCCGCUUCUAUAAUGUACAUGCCACAGGACCAGAUUUCGCUCACAUGCGACCCAACCACAGCGACGGUGUGGGCAGUGCAAAUGGAGCGCAUCCCCGGUGCCAAUGGCAUCCCGGCAACGGGUGGCAUAGGCGUAGCCGAGCUAUCCGUAAUCGUUGACGCAUGCCCUGAGAUCGCCCACGCCCAACUGUCCACAUCAACAUCCGCCGCGACCUGGACUGCUGAUGCGGUGGUGAUGUACCCUGGCUGCGGAAGCGUUACCGGAGCGGACUGCUUCAUGUACGGGCCAAAGCAAGCCCAGGACUCCGACCUGUCGAACACUUACGCAUUGACAAGCGAAGACAGUGUAUCCGGACCCUACAUCCAGUUCGCGCUGGACGAGGUGGUCUCUGGCACUGUUCAGGUGUCACUGGCCUACUCGGCCGUAGGCACCAGCCCGCUGCACCUGAGCAUAUGGGUCAGUCAGGACCCGGCCUUUGAGCGGUCGGGCAAGAAGUGUGCUUACGGCGUAUCGGGCCCUAGCGUUACAGCCGCGGCGUUUCUGAAGUUUAGUUGCCCCGUCAUGAAGGGCGUGGCCUAUGUGACCGUGCACCGCGAGCUGCGGUCGUACUCGGCGGGCAGCCCCGGCAGCCUGCAGGUCUCGGAGAUCAGCUUCGGCGUGCGGAAGUGGACGGUGCCGUCUCCUCCUCCCCCGCCACCGCCGCCCACGUCUGGCAUUGGUGGCUGCACGGCCACGGUCCCCCUGUCCUCGGCCUACCUGAGCCCCGUGGGCUGCUACGCCAACAACUGCACCGCCUGGGGCUUCGCCAAUUUGGUGGACGGCAAACUAAGCACCACCUUCCGCACAGAGGCAGUCCAGGACUCUGCCCUGUCCAUUGUGUUCCCCUUCACCGCCGCGACGACCAACAUUGUGGAGGUGCAGUACCAGAUGCCGCUGGACAACAUCCAGGACGCCCAGAACAUCACCAUCGAGGUUGCGUUCGCAGACUCGGGGCGCUCCCUGUGCGCCAGCCACGCUGCUGGCUACCGGGCGGGCGAGUUCGUGACAGUGAGCUGCCAGCCGCGGGCUGGCACGGCCACUGGCAUCCAAAUCACCCGCAACAACGCGACUGGGAGUCUGGCCUUUGCGGAGUUGAUUGUCGUGCGCGACAGUUGUCCUCUCAUCGCGCCUUCAUCGCUGUCGCCAGCGCCUGUCGUCUGUCCCUGGAACUCAACCCUCGCGGUCAUGUACCCCGGCUACUGGGACAACAACAUUGGGUACUCGGCGGCCUCUGCAAACGAUGGCGACUACAUCAACACGUUUGCGCACACCCUGCCUGGCUCGGAAACGGGCCCUGGUAGCUACAUCCAGGUGCCGUUCACGUCGCCCGCCGGCGUUUCGCCGGUGUCGGGCUCCUUCCGGGUCCUGCUGUAUCGCCGCGAGUGCUGCUACAACCAGCAGGCUCACUACACGGUCUGGCUCAGCGGCGGUACUGCCAGCAACUUCAAUGUGACCGGCCGCAAGUGCGCUUCAGGCGCGUGGCUGAUGGCUCCUGUGGGGCUACCCAGCAUAUUUGCGUGUCCAGCCAUGACGAACGUCAACCUCAUCACAAUUCAGCGUGUGGCACCCUCGCCGGCCGCGCCGAACAUGGGCAAUUUUGUGGUGGAGCUGACAGAAAUCAUCAUUCAGGGCUACCUUACGCCGGUUGUACCAGCGCCGCCGCCACCGUCUCCGCCGCCUGUUGCAGCGCCGCCGACAGGCUACUUGUCGCCACCUCCUCCCCUUACCAGCUCCUGCAUCACCCCUGCAUCCAUCGCCUCCAUCGACGGCCCCUAUGGCUGCUACCUGAGCGACUGCGCCACGUACGGCCUGGCAGCGGCUCAGGACGGCAACCCCCUCACGGCGCUCCGUACGGGUGGCAGCGCAGGCGCAGAGCCCAGCGUUGAUUUCGUGCUCACCACCCCCACCAAGCGCAUCACGGAGAUCAAGCUCAAGGGGCCCGCCUACGGGUCCAGCGAGCUCCAGGCCAUCCGCGUGGAACUGGUGGCGGCUAAUGGCACCCGUGUCAUGUGUGCCUCACACGUGUCCGCGUACCAGCCCUCUGAUGACAUCAUGGUCGUCUGCCCCUUCACGCCGCUGAGCAUCACGCGAGUGCGGCUCGGGAGGCGCAUCACCGACGUUCCAAACUACAAGGUCGGCUACUUCUUAGGUGUGGCUGAAAUUGUGGUCUUAGUGGACGCGUGCCCCGACGUCAGUGAGUUUCGCUUCACAGACACCAGCUUCUACCCGGUCCGCUGGAGCAGCGCGGGUGGUGUGCUGUGGCCGGCGACGCUCAAUGGGGACACCGCAAGAUGGGGCCCCCAGAAUGCCAAUAACGAUGUCGUGUCAGUUUUGUCGGCGCCGUGGGACUUCUACCUUGCCCACACGAUCUCGGGUCCGAGCCAAGGCCCGGGCGCGUACUUCCAGGUCCCGCUGGAGACGCCAGCGACUGGCGCUGUGCGAGUGACGUUGUGGCACCGCACCCAGUCGCCCCUCCACGCCACAUAUCUGGAGGUCUGGGUCAGCUCCACCUCUUCUCACAGGACGUCAGGCCGGCUUUGUGCCAGCGGUGUUCACCUGGCGGAGAGGCCCACCAACUUCACGGGACCAUAUACAUUCAACUGUCCGCCCUUCAAUAGCGCGGCGUACGUCACCAUCCAGAGGAACAACCCGCCAGUCUUCAAUACGGAGUAUGUAGUUGAGCUCACCGAAGUGGACCUGGAGAUGAUGUAUGCCGACGGGAGCCCUGCCACGGCGCCGCAGCCGAUGGUGACGCUGCCGGUCAGCUACAGCGCCAGCGCCGUGUCUGCCGGCUUCUCCCCGCUGGUGGCGGCCUGCCGCUCCAAUGGCGUCGUGCAGGCCCUGUGGGUUGCGGCCGCCGGCUCAGGCGGCAGCUGGAUCACAUACCUGGGCAUAAUUCUAUGCCGCGAUGGCACCGGCACCGGGCCGGCCAACCCACUUGCCUUCGGCGUGGCGCCGACGGGCGGCGCUGGGCUGAACGUCACUUGCCCCGGCGGCUUUGACGCCAUCCGCGGCGAAGAGUCGGCCAUGGGUCAGACGCUGCUGCCCAUCACAGCUCUAUCCUUCCGCUGCAGCACCACCAACGCCUGGAGCUCUUCGGUGGGCAGCGGCGACGCGGGUGUGGCCCGUAACGCCACAGUCUCGGCGUGCCCGCCUGGCUACGUCAUCUACGGCUUCAACCUAAUGGGUAACGCCUCGACGCUGGGCGGCAUCCAGCCGCUGUGCGUGCUCAAGCCCGGAUCCAAGAACUGGGACCCCGUGAAGCGCUGCCCCCAGGCAGCCGGCUACACACUGGUGCCGGGCUGGUACCCGGCCGGCCCCACAACCCUGUACACCAUGGCCGCACUGCCGCCCUGGGUCGACGUGGACAUUGCCGCCACGGCCUGCAGGGCGGACCCUUCCUGCACUAGCAUAGGAUACAGCGUGGACUCAUUCGGCAACACCACCUUCUACACCUACAACUCCACUGACCCAGCCGAGUUCGGGGUUGCGAUGGGCAAGACCCUGUACACGGGAGUGGACGGAUGCUCAGGCACGCUGGCACCAACCACCUGGGCGGGCGGCCCCUCGCAGUGGUUCUGCGCGACUGGGGUCCGCACGGACGCCUCCGCGCUGAGCACCACUUCAGUAGUGGGGCCCAAUGAUUGUGCGACCGCGUGUGACAGCGAUCCGAAUUGCGAAUCCUGGACCAUGGACGCAAGCGGCACCACCUGCACCACGCGCGAGUACGGCUUCGCAGCCACGCAGUGGGUGGACGACUCCAGCACCGGCGUCACGUGCGUCAUCGCAAACGACCCCUGGCUGUGCCCCGUGUACGGCUGGACGUUCCGCGGCGCGCUCCUCAACAGCAGCAUCCACGUCAACCCGGAGACCUGCAAGGCGGCCUGCGCCUUCGCCGCGCCCGACUGCACCCACUACACCUACACCUCCGCCACCUUGGUGUGCGAACUGUACGGCUCGAGCUUGAUGAGCGGCGGCGCGGGGAUCAACGGCCCUGUGGUAGCAAGCAUCCCAGAUCGUGUGUGCGUGGCUACCCCGCAACACCCCAAGCUGGGCCAGCCAGUCGCCUCCACACGGGCAGCACAUUCGUCCAUGUGCUGGCCUGGCGUCCAGCUGGUGGGCACUGGCGCGGCCACCCUAGGCUCCGCGCCGCCGCCGCCGCCGCCCGCAAGCCCAGCGCCCACUCCCGCGCCGACCCCAGCUCCCACGACGACAACCUCUGCCGGGUGCGCGCGUCGAUGCGUGGCCGGCAGCACGUGUGUGCACUGGAGCCUGCGCAUGGACGGCAGCUGUUACUUGUACGGCGCAGAUGCGGUGGUUGCGGGGCAGGCGGCCGGUGGCUACGGUCCGGACCCGUCCGUUGCCCAGAGCUGCCUUGCGAACGUGCAGGGCACCUUCCACUGUGUGCCGGCACGCCAAGGUAUAAAGUAUGAGCUUGACAGCACGUUCAGCAACGCGACGUCCCGCACCCAUUGCGCCCAGCUGUGCAAGGCCUCCAGAUACUGCCUGGGGUUUGUUUACUACAUCCCAUCGAGCACCGGCACCACCACCUGCCGCCUGAUGGCACGCGUGUUCGCGGGCGCCGCUGACGCGACCUCUGUGCACCAGCUCUACGCACCACUCAACUUCCAGUCCUGCCUGCGGACCCACAAUCUGCGCCAGAUGUACAGCAACGUCGCGGACGAGCCGCAGGCCUGCACCGCGACACCGGGCUACACGUUUUAUCCCGCCCCCAGUGGCGUGAGCGCGUACAGCGUGCUAUCCGUCGCCAGCGCCAGCAAUGCCGUUGGGUGGCAGGGCUUGUGCGACGUGGAUCCGUCUUGCGUGGGCGUGCAAGUUGCCGCUGGAGUGGUGACCCUGAUGGGCGGGUCGACGCAGUUUCAGAGUCUCUCUGUGCAGCCGGGGCUGCCAUCUGUGAACGGCAGCUGUGACGGCUUCUAUGCGCGCAGCCCCAGAGAUAUCAAGCCGUUCAUGUGUAUUCCUGGCCUAUACAUGCCCGCCGCCCUCGACACAAUCUCCACCGUUGUGGCCACCGCGCGCGAGUGUGAGCUCCUCUGCCGGGGCUACCCCAGCAACUUUUGCCACGUGUUUUACUUCGAGGAGACAGCACCCGGCAACGUGGCGUGCGAAAUCAAGACGAACCUCUUCGCAGCCGGCACCUUGAGCCCAUACCUGGCCGGUAUUGGCGCAACGAACACAACCACCUGCGUGCCUGCAACAGACCCAUGGUACUGCCUGCCGUAUGGCAUCGGCAUCACCGGCGAGGCGUUGCCGGGCUACCCCACAUCCAGCGGCACGGCCGAGGCGUGUGCCUACGCCUGCCAGACCACGCCCACCUGCUCCGCCUACCUGCACAGCCCCGACUCCGCCACCGCCAGCUGCACGCUCUUCCGCAAGGUCUUCAACGGCCCUGACGGCACCGCGGCGCUGCUGGCGGACGGGCGGGCGCGCGCCUGCCUCAAGACGCCGCAGUUCUCGCACCCCACCGGCUCAGUGCCCUUCUGGUCGCACAUGUGUUACACCGGUGUGGACUUGGGUGGCACGGUGGUGUCAACUCUCAGCAACGUGGACGGGCACGAGUGCGCCAAGUGGUGUGCGGCGUAUGGCUACGGCUGCUCGCACUGGCAGCUGUCGACCGCAGGCGUGUGCGAGGCACGCACGGGGCCGCUUUGGACCAACGCCGGCGGCAUGGUGGUGUACGGGCCGCAAUCCGGCAUCGCAACUGCUUGUUUGCGGAGCACAGGUACCUUUAUGUGCCUGCGCAACGGCGCUGAAGUAGCUUACACGCUCCUUAGCUCCAGUAACGGCGUGGCCAGCAGCAGCGCCUGCGCCAACCUGUGCCUAGGCGACGCGGCGUGCGAGGUGAUGGCGUACGACGUCAACACUACCUGCGUAUUGGGCCGCGGUCCCUUCCUGGGGUCCAGCGGCAUCAACGGGUUCGACUGGAGCACGUCCACCCUCACCACCACCUACUGCCUCCGCACGCCCUACUUCGGUGGGCCGCUGUUCGGCUCAAGCCUGACGCCAUCCCCGCCGCCCUCACCAGUGCCGCCUAGCCCCGCGCCGCCCUCACCGGUGCCGCCCAGCCCCGCGCCGCCUAGCCCGGAGCCGCCUAGCGUGGUCGUUUCAGGCGGCUCCGCGGCCACUGCUGGCAUUAUCGUCAACACCAUCCUUUCAGGGGAACAGUCGCCGCCGCCGCCCAACGCCGGGGUUGUGCCCGACACCACCGCUCCCGUGAUAACGUUGUUUGGCUUGGAGGAGGUGGUUGUCGAGGUUUACGGGACUUACUUUGAGAGCGGUGCGCUGGCGGUGGACGACCGAGAUGGGCUGCUGGCAGUGGACAUCCAAGGAUCCGUCAACACCAAUGUCAUAAGCCUGGGCCUCCCGACACAGAUCCUAUACCUGUCGGCUGACCGGGCCGGCAACAUCGGCAGCAUCACACGCGGUGUGUACGUGGUGGACACAUGCGCCAGCAAGGACGAGUUCAGGUGCCCUGUCACCAAGGAGUGUUCGGUCUUCAGGCAGUGUCUCUUCCUUCCCGACCCGCAAGCAAUCAACAAGACUGUUGCCGUGAACAGCCAGGCGGCAUCCGCCAAGCUUACAGACACAACUCCGCCCAACAUCACCUUCGUGGGCACUGACCUGGAGCUGUACGACGUCCAGACGGCGGCCGGCAACCUGACGGUGGCGGUUGAGGUGGUAUAUGCAGGCUACACCUACACAGACAGGGGCGUGCUGGCGUUCGACUACCUCAGCGAUGGGUCUGCAGAGGGCGCGGGCGGCCUCAUCGCCCUGAACCUCACGGACCGCGCCGUGGCAACAGUCAGUGCCCCCGCGACCGCCGACCCGGAUGCCGCGGGCGUGAGCACCACCAUCUUCACCGACAUCCCCACCGGCAACAGCACGUCUGAGGGCUCGCCCUACACCAUCCAGUAUGACGUGGCGGACGACGCCGGAAACAAGGCCACUGCGCUGAAGGUGGUGUUCAUUCUGUGCGAGCCGCCCGAGUUUGUGUGCCCCGACAAUACCACGUUUGAGGGCACCUGCAGUCAGGACGGGCUUUGUCAGUACAAGACGUCCAAGAUUACCACCAACAACACGGGCCUCCCCCGCUCCAACGAGACCGCUGUUGCGCUUAUUACGGGUCCACCUGAUCCGGACAACCUGAUUGACGCGCUGAUGGUGCCGGUCUUUGUCAUAAACGGCGCAUCUAGCGUCAGCAUCUCGCAGUACCUGCCAUACGUGCCGUGCCGUGCCGGCGUCAUCUCCAACAACUGUGACCCAGGCGCAAAGGCCUCGUUGCGCAGCCUUGGGGACCUAAAUCCCCGAAUCAUAGCAUGUGCAGACAAGGCGCAAAAGCCGCAGCCAUACAGCGUUGUGGGGUUGCAGUAUUGCGGGAUCGAUACAACAACUCCGGGCACCUACAUGAUAACGUACCACCUCACAUGGCCGUCCGUUGGCACGCUGGUUGUCAAGAGGCAACUGCUGGUUGUGGAGCGCUGUGUGGGCGAGCAGCUGUGCCCUGACGGCUUCUGUAGCGUGGAUUUAUCCUGCGCACGCAACGUAUCGUCCACCAUCUCGUCUUACAUUGUUGUGACGGGCGACGCGAACGGCCUCCUGCCGAACAGCACGAGCCUGUCAACCAACAACCCGCCCACACUAUCCCUCCGCAACGGCGAGGUCGUGAAUACAACGGUGGUGGUGCCGCGCGGGACGCCCUACAUGGUGUGUGCCGCCGACCAGGUGCCCUCUCAGAGCCGGCCGUGUGAGCCGCUGGGCGUCGCGCUGGACACGGAGGAUGGCAACAUCACAGCCACGAUCACGCUGUGCCCUCCGGACGACUGCGCGGCAACCCAGUGCCGCGACCACCGUGCCGACCGCAAGCAGCCGUCUGAGUGCGGCAUAGACACUGUGAACGCAACGGUGGGAUCCUCCUUCCGCAUGCAUCUUGUGGUGUUUGACAGCAAAGGCGCCAACGCAACAGCCGAGCGACUGGUGACGGUGGUCAAGCCGUGCGAGCUGCUGGAGUCGUACUGCAGGAUCACGCGCAACGGCAUGCCGGUCUACGUGUGCAGCAACGUAACUUGUGAGACGCUGGAGCCUCUAAACGAUGAGAUCACGCGCUCCGGCGGCGGCCAGCCGGCGGUGCCGCCCCGCUUGUUCUUGCUGCCAGGGUACCUCACCAGCAACCUUACGCUGGCGGAGCGCGACCAGUCACUCUUCCUCACGUACGGCACGGCGGCGCCCGUAAGCCUUGCUCCGUGCGUUAGCUUCACGGGCACGGGCUGCGCCGCGAUCGCCAAUGACACCACCGACGGCGACAUCACGCGCGACAUCACGGUCACGGUGGCGGCGCGCUGUCCCACGGGGCGCACGUGCGUGGCGUGCAGCGUGGCUGCCCUGGCCACGGGUGACUGCCUGCCGGGCCGGUAUCUGGUGCGGUACAGCGUCGCAGACACAGACGGCAACUCAGCAUCGGUGCAGCUGAGCGUUGCGGUGGAGCAGUUGACUGUGACCCUGCUGGACUUCAGCCUGUACCCGGGUGGCAGCGCGCUGGCGUCGACAAGCCUCACCGCCGCCACCAACUACGCCAACACCCUGGCAACCAAUACCGCCGCGCGGUCGCGCGUCCUCUCGCCCAUCUUCACGGCUUUCGGCAUCCAGUCUGGCUCAAUCCGCGCGAUUGUGGUAGACACCCAGCCCGCAAUCGAAGCUCGCUACUUUGAUAACACCACCCAGAUCUACUACAUUGUGCGGAUGGUGCUCCGUGUUACCACCGGCUCAUCCGACUUCACCAGUGCCACCUCCACUCUUGACACCAGCAGCAGCGACCAAUCCGCCGCAGGGGGCACCUCUGCUGCUUCAGUACGUCGGCGCGCGCUGCCGGCCGUGGCCUCACGUGCCUUGCGCAAGGUGCUGGAGCCAAUGGCAACAGGCCCUGCAGCCGGCGGCAUCCUGCUCGGCACUGCAGCGCAGUCUCCACUCCGUAGCCUGAUGGCAACCAACCCAGAAGCCAGCACCCGCACACCCGCCCAGCAGCUGUGGGAGGAGCGCUUUGCUGGCCUGCACAGCGCCUUGGACAGGUUGGGGGCGCUGCUGGGCCUGGAGGAAAAGCCCGAGGAAGAAGGAGACGGCGAAGACCCUCUGGGCUCGCCCCGCCGCAGCAUGUUCGCGCUGGAGGCCAGGGCUGCCAGCCAAAGCCCUGGCAUGGCGCCCUGGCACCUGCCCGCUGGCGCUCGGCUUGCUGGCGCUCGGGCUGCGGCCGCGGCGCCGCGGCGUGCCCUCAGUGCUGAUGCCGGGGCACAGGCGGCCAGUGGUGGCGAUGGAAGGAUAAGCGCACAUGCACUGCUUGCCAGCCGGCGCCAGCUGCAGGUGGUGGCGAACGGCGGCUGCGGUGGCCCCGCACUGGCGGCGCCGCCCAACAGCAGCUUCAGCGCGUUGGGGCUGGCGGAUGUGCGGACCAUCAGCAGCAGCUGCUCCACACCGCAGGCGGGUGACAUGGAUGUGGCGCUGACGGUGCUGGCUGGGAUGAUGGCGGACCUGGAGCGCAUGAGCGCAAGCAUGCUGGAGGAAGAGGCCUCCAUGGACACCACACUGAUGGCCCUGGACCCCAAGUUCUCAGUCGUGGACAACGCCUACCAGACCUCCUACACCGACUUUGCAGCCGCCGCGGGUGUCGCCUACGCCUCCAUGUUGGAGCGCUUGCAGGCGUUGCUGGUCGCGGUGGACCGCACUGCGGCGGCACAGGCGGUCACUACCACGGCCGUCACCACGCUACUAAGCCUCAUGCAGGCACUGCUGAAUGAGAUGCAGCAGAUAACGGCGCGAGCGGAGCUGACUACCAAGGUGGUGUUGGACGGGCUGGCGCAAGAUGGCAACCUCACAGACGAGGAGCUCGCCAACUACACCUCCUGCCUCUUCCUGCGUGGCAAGGCGGCAGCCUUCAGCUUCAGGACGGGCAGGGCCGGUGGUGCCGACGCAGGGGCGAACGUGUCUACGGCGGCGGCUGCCAGUGGCGGCGCACGCCGGCGGGCUCUGCUGGGCCCAGACCUGCUGUACUCCGCGGAGGGGGCGCCUGCCGGCGCUGCCGCGGGCCCGGCCGCGAUGCGGGCAGCUGGCGGCGUGGAUACACGGCCCCGACUCGCCGCAUUAGCCAGCAGCUGGGUGCCUAAAUGGGUGUGGGGGGCGCUUUCGCCGGCUGCUUGGUUCCGUCGAGCAGGCUCUCCGCAGGGCGAAGGCGAUGCGCUGGAUGCGCAGCAGGCGCAGCAGCGGCGGUCGCUGCUGGCUCUGGCAAACGGUGAAGCCGUGCAAUCCUUCUACGGCUAUGACCUUCCAGAUGGUGGUGAUUAUGACUACAGUCUGUGGGACGUGCGAAACAUUGACCGGGCAAGGUGGAUUGGCCUCAACAACCGAGUGCUGGUGGGAUUGCUACUGCACCAGGUCCGGCGGUCGCCUGCGGAGCUUGAGCGCGCCAAGGGCACUGACGGCUACAUCUGCAGGGACAGCAGCUACACCAACCUGAUUGUGGGCUGUAACACCUCUAAUACCAGCACCACGUCAGCUGCUCUGGGCAACUCGACCACGGCAACAGCCCGUGCUAAGGACCUGGGUGGCAUCGGCAAUGACCCCGUGUUCAGCCGCCAUUCGGCGCUGUACCAGGCAGACCUUGACCCAGCCGAGUUCUACAACACCUCGAAGGGCUCUCCCGAGCUGAACCCGGGCGGUCUGCCAUACGGCUUCUUUUACCAGCCCGCCGGCCGCCUGCCCGCCGGCUACCCCCUUGUUUUCGACACACAUCUGUCCGCCAAGCGGGCGGAGCAGGCCAUCACCUACAUCCGUGAUGGCGGCUACUUGUCCGAGACCGUUACAAAAACGCUGCGUGUGCAGCUGGUGUCUUACAACGCGGACGCCCAGGUGUUCGGCUACUUCCGACUGGACCUGGACUGGCUGGACUCGGGACUCAUCUGGGGGGCCACACGGCUGCUGGCGCUGCCCGCCAUCAGCUACGGAGCCGCGGUGGAGAACGCUCAGGUUCAGAAGUUCCUGCCGGACUUUUUCCUCAUCGUGCUGUGCUGUGGCUACCUGCUGGUGACGGCGUACGACAUCUUCGUGCAGCUGCACCGGCAGGCGCAAAUGCGAAAGCUACGCACGCUGUUGCGGGAAGGCAAGCGGAAGGAGGGGCUGGAAACUAUUCAUGAGGCCGAUGAUGACAACGACGACGACGACCAUGUGCUUGGGAUUGGCGACGCGGAGCGAAAGGUUUUGUACAAACAUGACGGUACCAAGGUGACCGUCAAGCUGUACAAACCUCGUAUGAGCGUCGGAUGGGUGGUGUUCGAGACCGCCGUGUGUGUCCUCAUGUUCACAAGCCUGGGCUUCUUAUUCGCGUACACCGCAAAACUUGCGGACAAGGACGCGUUCCCUUCACGGUUUGAGCUGUACGAUGCGGAUGGCUACGCGCCAGCGCGAUACUUCCUGCCACGGCGUCAGGAGAACGUGACGGUCACACAGCAGGCCAACGGCACCUCCAACGCCGCUACGGCCAGUCCCACGCCGGGCUCAGCUAACCGGUGGCAGCUACCCGAGGACACGCAGCUGGGGUCUGCAUCUGACUUCUAUAACCGCGUUGACAAUAUGUAUGACGUGUUAAUCAUCUACACCUUCCUUCAGGGCUUCGUGCUUGCCAUGAUUGUUAUUCGCUGGCUGCACUACCUCUCAUUCCAGCCUCGCCUCUCCGCUAUCUCGGGCACGCUGGCAUUGGCAGCCCCAGACGUCAUUCAUUUCUUCAUUGUUAUUGUCAUCUGCGCUGUAAUGUUCGGCGCUGCGGGUUGCGUUGUGUUCGGUCCGGAUGAGGCCCGACUAUCUGGCUACGGAGAUGCGUUGCAGCUCAUGCUGUCGUACGUACUGCUUCGUGAGGACGGCGGAGUGUUCAAGGCGUUGCUAGACAAAGUCAAGCAGCGCGACGAGGGCACCACCCAGGUCAUGGCCGGCCUGCUGUACGCCAUCGGGCCCCUGUUUUUCGUGUUCAUCAUGUCCAACUUCAUUAUGGCCUUCCUGGCCUGGCCCUACGGCCUGCUCAAGUUCGCCACACGUGACGCGCCAGGAGUGCCGCAGGACAUUCGGCGCAUGCUCGGAAUGUUGUGGCAGCGCAUGCGGCAUCGCGCCCCAUCAAACCGGCACAUGGAGAAGUGGUUCAAGAGACAAGUCGUGCCGGAGGUGCGCGAUCGCGGCUUGAUGUACCGGAUUCGCGAGACAAUGGCCAACGCGUACCAGUCCAUCGCCAUCCGUGGGAAGGCGGCAAACGGAACAGUGGCACCGGCUUCCGGCCAAGCUGCGCAGGCCGCGAGCACAGCUCCAGCACUGUCGGCGCCUCCUGUGGCGGCAGCGGCUACCCGACGGAAGUCGUUGGUCAAGCUGGCUCCCGGCAUGCCGGCCAUGAACGCCGACGCCCUAGCCGCCGCGCUUAUGAGCGCCUCCCGCAUCAACAUCGACAUCGGGGACUCGCCGCAGCACGCCGCCUCUAAACUGGACCCGCUGGUGGACUCGGAUGAGGAGCACAGCGGCAGCACACCCUCCGGCUUCGCAGCAGCAGCAGCCGCGGCCGCUGGAGGCAGCCGCCUGGACUCCGCACCCACGCUGGCAUCGCCACAGACUCCACAUGGACCUGAAUCUGCCGACGGGGCCAACGCGCUGCCCGCGUCGCAGGACGCCUCCGGCAGAUCCACGCCUGUGCCGAAGCUGUCAGGCUCGGGCGUCAGCUCUCGCCUGCGCGGGGGCAAGUCAUCGCGCAUGUCAGCUCCGGGCCAGGCCGCGGAGGCCUCCGCGCUCGUGCACACCGUGAUGGCGAACCUGCUGGCUCGCUACGGCCACGAGAAGGUGAUUGCAGCGGACGCGCCGCCGCCGGCGCCGCGGUCCGGGGACAGCACGAUUGGCCGCGGCGAAGGCGCCGACAGCACCGAGGUCAGCGAGUUCGGCGAGGCGCGCCGCCGCAUCACGGUGGACGGCAGCCUGGGCAGCAUGACGGAGGCAGGCACGCUCCGCGGCCCUGGGCUGGGCGGGCCAUCCGAAUGGGCCCAGCUGGCGCCCGGGGCUCACGUGCGUCGGUCAAUCGCCGGGCAGGUUGUCGGCGGGGAGGGCGCGGGGUCGUCUGGAUAUGCAAGCCCGGCGCUGGCGGGCAACGAUGGCAGCGGCAGCCCUCUCUCGGCAGCCACACCUGGCAGCCAGGUAGCGUCGCCUCCGCCAGGGGCCAACGACGACGGUGCGGGCGCCAGCGCCUCGGCCUCACCGCGGGUGGGCUCGCUAGCGGCUCGGCCGCCGAGGCUGCAGACCAUGGGGGUGAGCAGCCGCCUGGGCCGGCGCACAUCUCAAUCCUCCUUCAAGGGCCUUGCCGGCGCCGAAGGCGGCGUGUCACCAAGCGGCUCAGCGCAGUCCCCAGCCAUGACGUCAGGCGGUGGCCUGGCUGCUCUGACAUCGCCACACGGCGAGCUCUCUCCGGCGCCCACCUCGGCGUCUGGCGCGAAGGCCGGCCGCAUGUCCAUGCCCGGGCCAUCGCCACUCGCCGCUGGGGCCGCCAUGAUGGCUGGUGCUGUGCGGCACAGCGUGGACGCACAGAACACGCAGGAUGCAAGCGGCACGGGCGGCUUCGUGGCAGGUGAAACAAAACUGCCCAAGCUGCCGCCCAUCGGCGUCAAACCACAGUUCGGUGGCCUGCCUGCCAUCACCGCCGCGGGUGAACGUGGACGCCGCAGGGCAGGGGAGUUGGACAGUCCAGGUAGCAGCGCCCGCCAGUCGGGCCCGGGGACUCCAGGCGUAGCUCAAGAUGCGCAUCUGGACCAGCUCAACGAGCACAGGGGUGAGGACUGGACAGGGCCGGCGCCGGACCCAGCACGCAACCUGGGUCAGGCAAAGGCCUGGUUGACGUUUAAGCAAGCGGUCAAUCGAAGGGAGGGGACGCCGGGCGGUGACGCAAGCGCUGGCGGCAACGGCGGUGGCGCGGACGCGCAGGAGGGUCUGGGCAGCCUGGCCCCCCGCAUUGGCUCCGUGAUGGUGGAAGGACAGGUUAAGGUGCUGGACCCGGCAGCAGCAGCAGCAUUGGAGGCGGAGGAGCGGGCGGCGGCCGAGGGGCCCGUGGUGCAGGGGCUGAGAGCGCCCAUGCGGCGUGCCUCGGCUAUGCUACUGCCGGAGCCCGACAUGAUGGCACUGGCGCCCAUCCUCAGCGUGGACCCCGCGGCGCAGCUGCCGGCGCUGCCGUCAACCCAGGUGGAGCAGCCGAUGGUGACGCUGCUAGACCACGACGCACAGCUGCCAGUGGGCACACCGCUUGGCGGGCCAUCGCCUGGCGGGGCCAGUCCAAGCGGCGCUGCAGAGGCGCGCCGAGCGGGCAUGAAGCAGGCGCGUGCCUGGGGCUCAGUUAAGCGCAGCGCGGCGCGGGAAGCCGCGCAGGCGAUGCUUGGGAUGCUGGACAAUCUGAGGGGCAGCGGAGCAGGGCAGACAGCACCUCAGCAGCCAGAGGCACGUGCGCCUACAGCUGCUCAGCCUGAGCCGCAAGAGCCGCAGGAGCCGCAACCAUGGUUUUCGCGACAGACUGGCCUCAACGCUCUUGCGCCCAGCACCCAGCGACGUUUAUCGGUGGCUGCGGGUGGCGCGGAGCAGGAGCUGCUUGUGCUCGACAGUGACGGAGCGGACACGGAUGGCAGCGGUCGCGGCAGCGGCGCCCGCAACCUGCGGGCGCGGGGCCCUGGCGGCGCAGGACCUGUCGCGGAGGCGGUGGAGGCUGGCUCUGUGCCUGGUGGUGCGGACGGUGAGCAGGACGGAGACCCAGCAGCCCUCUCGGCUGCAGACGCACCGGCUGCAUCACGGCGCACUCAAGGGGUCAAGUUUGCGAUCGAGCCGCUUCCGACCAGCGACUCGGAUGGCGACAACACGGCGGGGCCCUUCGCCGCCCACGGCCGUUCGGCAGCGCUUGUGGCGGUGGCUGGCGGCGGCAGUCGUGAUGCGAUGGCGGGCGGGUUGGCCUCCAUGGUACUCAGUAUGCUCCAACACUUGGAGGCGCUUCUGGCGCAGCUGCAGGCGGCCAUUGCGGAGCUGAAGCUCAUGUCGGAGGUCCUCGCGGCGAUGCUGGCGCAGUUCAGCGCGGCGGGCCUGGGGCCGGACUCGGCACCAGAGGCGCGGCAGGUCGCCUGGCAGGCUGCGCGCAAGACCGCGAGGGAUCUGCUCCUGGCAUACAAGCGUGACGCGCUGCUUACCGCCCCGCUGCCUGUGCUCGAGACCAAGCGCCUACCGCCCCUGCCACUUGCGCUUCCCGCUGUUGGCAUUAAUGCGCUCGGCGGCAGCAAGGCGCCGCUGCCGCCGCUGCGCACCAACCCCAUGUUCCGGCAGCGCUCCACGCGCCGCACCGGCAGCACUCGGCGCGGCACGCUGCCUCCCAUGCCCAUGCCUGGCGUGCUGUACUCGCUCCAGUCGCUCGCACGUAGCGACGGGGCUGUGCUCGCGGCGGCGCAGUCCAGCGGCGGCGCAGCUCUUGAGAUUCUGCACCAUGUUGAGGAGCAGCUGGAGACGCGUCUUGGCAUGCCGCUGGCUCAGCGUAAGUCGCUGAAGCGCGUCGCUGACGAGGUGGCGGCGGAGCUGGUGCGGGCCGAGCGUGCCGAGUCACGUGCGCACAUGCUGCAGCAGGUGGCGUCCCUUCGCCAUGGAAGUGUUGGACACUCGGGUUACAGCACUUCCGGCUACGGGGUGUCAGGCUACGGCGCCAGCGGAUAUGGCGGCGCUGCGGCACUGGCUGCUGCUGCUGCAGCGGCGGACAGUGCCUACGGCGCAGCAGCGAACAUGUCACACCCACACCAGCACCGCGCAGACGCUGGCCGCAGCGUCCAGGCGGCCGGGAGCCACGUGUCUGGCACGCACCGCCGCGGCUGGGGAGCGCGCCGCCGCGCCAUGGCUGCCGCUGAGGAGAAGUGGCUGGAGGAGCUGCCAGCGGAUGAGCAGAUGGCGGCGCUGACGGGCCGCACUGGCUCUUACGCUCCUGGCAAGCGCAAGUCGCGUCUGCUGCUGGGCGGCGCGGACUCUCGCGCGGCUAGUCGAGUGAUGGAACGUGACUUCAGCCCGGCGGCACUGAUCGGGGGAGGCCGCGAGGUCAGCGUCGGUGGCGCAGGGGCGGAUGCCAUGGAGGCGGGCACGCCCCUGGCUCGGUCGGAUGCAGGCAAGGCCGCGUUCAAGAGUGGUGGGACAGGGGCUGGCGGGAUAGGCGGGUUGGGAGGUCUGCUUGGUUCACCAGCGGCAGGCCCGCCGGCACGCAUGAGGCUGCCACCGCUCAACGCGCGUGGCACACAGCCACAGAGCGACCUGCCGCUCUAGAUGAUAUGCUCGAACCCUGCCAUGCACUUUGCGUACACCAUUCGCCAUAUGUGCGUUGUUGCUUUAUGAAGGCGUUGUGAGAUCGGGGCGCCUUUUGACCGUAAAUUGAAGCUGCCAUGUGCCGCAGCGGCGCUGGGACUCCACAUCACUUGGGCAACCACCUGACAUAAAUGAGGACAAAGACUCGAAUCAUUAUUAUCAUGGGUUUCGUAUGGCAUCUGCACCUCGCAUUCUUGCAGCGUUGACCACGUCGUGUGAGCCUGUUUUUGGAGUGGUGUGGAUGAGGCGGUGCAUGGGAGAAUGGCUGCAGAAGCCUGUGACAGCCGACGCGGCUUCGAAAUUUUGCAUGGAGUCCUUGAUCGUACUGUGCGGCAUCGUGCAUUGAGCACUGUGACUUGCAAAAACGGGUGCAUACUUUCCAUCGUGAAUUGAAUACGCGACAGUAGAUUGUGCCGUUAGCGUCGCUUGUACCGUGUGAGGUGACCAUGGACGCAACCGGCAUGCCUCACUGGCGCAUGCGGGAAUAUGAGGGUUUGCAUCGGAGGAAACACAGUCGGCCACGCAAGCGCUGCCCGCUGAAGUGCAUAUGUUUUGGAGAACGCACUGUUCACGACAACCUCCAGCAGAGCUCUACAGGAUCCCCCAAUCCAAUAUGCACGUGUUGCUGUUAGCCCAAGCAUUGCAAGGGUGCAGCAACCAAGUGGCCGGGCGACAGAGCGCAGCAAACAAGGGAGAAAGUUGGGAAUGCACGACACCAGAGGAUAUGGGCCUGUGAAAGCAAAUCAGAUGCUGCCGUCUUGGCUUCUGUACCGCGCUCCAUCUAUACUUGGC